CCUGCGUCCACAAUGUCUCCGACCACCAUGACAACUCUCUCUGCACUGCACACGGCGCGCCCCCGCGCACUCUCCGUCAUCGCCGAAGCGGAAUGGAGAGCACAGGGCAGCACGACGUGCGGGGUAGCAUUCCCCGCCCCCGCUCCCGCCCCCAGAGCCACCUUUCCCCUCCCCAACGAGCUCAUCAUCGACAUCCUCGAAUACGCCGUCGUCUACCCUACCCACCUCGCGCACCUCGCGCUCAUCUCUAAACGCACCGCCGAGCUCUUCAACACCAUCCUCUACCGCACCGUCCUCCUCCCUACCGCGCGCGCGAUCCUCCACUUCGCCCGUACUGCCACUUCUGCUGCCCCGGGGUUCCUCCACCAGCACGUCAAGCGCGUCGUCUUCGCCGAGCUCCAUGCGCCCCUGAGCGUGCACGACGCCGUGCGCGCGAUCCUGCGCGCAUGCACAGGCGCACACACUUUUGCGCUUCCCGGCGCCUUCGUCUCGGACCUCCUCAAGCCCGACAACUUCCCAGCGACCUCUUCGCACGGCGCCAUCCCCCUCUCGGCCCCGACUCACCUCACGAUCGGCUACUUCGACGACCCCGACGCCAGCCGGCGCUGGUCCGCAUUCCUCCCCCCAGCAACAGCACGCACCGCGCCCCUCCCUCCCCUGUGCACCCCGCGCGCCGCGCCCGCGCUCCUCGCGGGCCUCACGCACCUGCGGCUCGGCGAGCCCGCGGAGCUGUUCCUCGCGCCGCGCGCGCUGCUCGCGCACCUCGGCGCGCUCCCGCGGCUGACGCACCUGCACGUCGCGCGGCAGAUCGACGCGAACGAGGACAACGACAUCGCGUUCGUGCAGGACGUCGCGCAGCUGCUGCGCGCGCGCCCCGCGCUCGCGUGCGUCGUCGUCGGCGCGUUCCUCCCGCUGUUCGGCCCCGCGCGGCACCGCCUCGCGGGGUUCUUGGACGACGGUCACGAGGACCGCGAGGGUGAGGGUGCUGUGAGGGAGAAGGAGAAGGGGAAGGCGGAGCAGGGGGCGGAACGGUGUCGGGCGGCGACGAUAUGGCGGCUGGUGGAGGCGCUGCAGAGGACGGAGGAGCGCCUGCUGCUCGUACCUGGGCGGUACGGCUCGUGGUGGCACGAGUGGCAGGGCGCGGGCUGCGUCGCGAAUGCGAGCGAGCCGGUUGAUUUCUGGAGGGAGACGGUCGCGGAGGGGCUGCGGGAGAGGGAGCGGGGCAGGCUGGCGGAGGCGGUGGGGGAGGGGAAGAGGGUGUGAUGGGGACGAAUGCGAGGGCGCAUACUAUAGACUAUAGACUAUGCGGGGGCGUGGGGUGCGCU